AAGAUUCAAAACCCACAACUCUUGCCUCUCUCCUUCCACGUUUCCAUCAAAAUCCUCCACUAAUAAAAUUUUACAAUUUAAACCCCAACAAAAUGCAAAAAUUGCAAAAUUCUCGCCUCCAUUGAACCAAAGCAUUGCUCCCUCUCCUCGCGAUCCUCAAUGGAGACGGCGACGAUGGCGACGGCGGCGGGAGUCGCGGUGAUGCUCUACCUCUUCAUCGGCCGCCGGAUCUCGAUCUGCGAUCCGGAGAUCGACGGCGUGGAUACGUACUCGGAGACGCUAGGGAAGUGGCCGAUUGGGGAUUUGGCGUUUGGGAUCAAGUAUUUGAUGAGGAGGCAGGGUAAUCAACAAAUCGCAUGUGAAUUUGCUGCAAAUGAUUGUGUGCAGUUGAAAGGGCCUGAAAUCAUGUCAGAGUUAAUUGAUCUAUUAAGGUUAUUGACUUUUUGUAGGCUGUUCUCGAAGCAGCCAUUUCUGGUGUUUUUAGACUCUGCUGGAUUUUCAAAGGAAGAUGUUCUUAUUCAAGAGCCUAAAGCAGGCUUAUUGAGACCUGCUUUUACAAUUAUAUGUGAUAAAAGCUCCAAAAGCUUUCUCUUAUUGAUUCGGGGAACUCAUAGCAUUAAAGAUACACUGACAGCAGCAACUGGGGCAGUGGUUCCUUUCCACCAUUUAGUUUUACAUGAAGGUGGUAUCAGCAAUCUAGUUCUGGGAUAUGCACACUGUGGGAUGGUUGCAGCAGCUCGCUGGAUUGCUAAAUGUACAACUCCCUGCCUCCUUAAAGCGGUUAAACAACAUCCAGAUUACAAUAUCAAGAUCAUUGGGCAUUCAUUGGGUGGUGGCACUGCAGCACUUUUGACAUACAUUCUUCGUGAACGUGAAGAAUUUUCGUCCAGCAUGUGUAUUGCAUUUGCACCAGCUGCCUGCAUGACCUGGGACUUAGCAGAGUCGGGCAAACACUUCAUUACGACUAUCAUCAACGGUUCUGAUCUGGUGCCUUCAUUUUCAACUGCUGCUUUCGAUAAUCUUCGUUCUGAGGUGACUGCUUCAUCAUGGUUAAAUGAUCUGCGGGAUCAAAUACAGAACACAAGAUUCUUAAAUGUUGUUUAUCGAUCUGCAUCCGCAUUAGGAUCUCAUCUUCCAUCAAUCUCCAGUGCAAAAGCUAGGGUUGCAGGUGCCAGUGCACUUCUACAUCCUGUCUCCACCGGUACCCAGGUCAUGAUGAAACGUGCACAGAAUGUUGCACAAGCUGUUGCGAAGGGUCGCUCUUCCUUCUCGUCCUGGUCAUGUAUGGGUGCUCGACGACGUGUUAUUGGCACAGUUUCAAGUGCUGAACAGGACAAUUCCAACUCCCUUCUAAUUGAAAGGGUUAAUGGAGAGACAAAAGUUGACGAAGUAGACUAUGCUUAUUCCCCCUCGGAUGAUGAGGAAAUUGAAGAAGAAGAGCUCAUUCAGGAUAAUCAUGUAGGUAACGGUACCACAGCGGAAGAUAUGACUGAGGGUGAACUGUGGUUUGAGCUGGAGAAGGAACUUGACGGUCAUGAUGAACAUAUACAAGCUAGAAAGGAAGAAGCAGCUGCUGUGAAGGAAAUAAUAGAAGAAGAGACCGGGGUUUUAAAAGAAGCUGUAGAAAAUAAGCAGCCUGCGACUCUGGAUUCAAUGGAAACUCACCGAUUUUAUCCCCCUGGAAGGAUCAUGCAUAUGGUUGUAGCGUCAAGGGAAGAUGCUAAUUCAAGCGAGGGUGUUGUGGGUGAGGAAGGUACUCUAGGUAUAUAUGAAACCCCUCGAGAUCUCUAUAAUAAGAUUCGGUUGUCACCAACCAUGAUAAAUGAUCAUUAUAUGCCUAUGUAUAAGAAGACGAUGGAACUAUUGAUUGAGAAGCUUGGAGAGGAUGAAAGUGCCACAGUACAAGCAUACUGAUGUCCAAAGAAUUGUAAAUAUCGAUUUAUGACAGCUCACUGAAUCAUCUCGAAGUGCGAGAUCGGCUGGCGGGCUAUGUGAACACUUACACUGUAAAUGAGAUUUGUUCUGUUUUUGCCCAAUGUAACCACGGUUGGGGCAAAUCUUGUUACACAUAUACAAGUUUCGUCCUGAUAACUGCAGUUUGUAAUAAGCACUGUGCAUGAUGUAUCAUAUGCGUUUCUUUUCUAAUAUGUCUAUCCAAUUGAGAAAAUUUACAUUGCAUAUUUUUUUUAAA